CCUCCCCGCCGGCAGUCGGAGGCCCAGGCUGCACCAUGUCCGAGAUCCUGUGCGAGUGGCUCAACCAGGAGGUGAAGACGUCCCAGACCGUGAGCCCCAAGUCCUUUGCAAAGGCAUUUUCCAGUGGCUAUCUCAUUGGAGAAGUUCUACACAAAUUUGAACUCCAGGAUGACUUUAUGGAAUUUUCACAAAGCAGUGUUUCGAGUGCCAAGCUGAAUAAUUUUUCUCGCUUGGAGCCAACCCUUCACCUGCUGGGUGUGCAGUUUGAUCAGAAAGUGGCUAGCAACAUUAUCACAGAAAAGCCCGGGGCAGCCACGAAACUCUUGUACCAGUUGUACACGGCUCUCCAGAAAAAGAAGAAGAGUGGGCUGACUGGGGCGGAGAUGCAAACCAUGCAGCCCCUGAGCACCAUGCGCCUCCAGAACAUGAAAAGCGAGGCUUUCCGAGAUAGACUUAGAAACCUGAUACCACGUCAAACUGAUUUCAAUCUGAUGCGGGUUACUCACAAGUUUCAAGAAAAAUACGUACUUAUGAAAGAAGAUGUUGUCCGCAUGCAAUCUGAGAAACUUGAAAAAUUCCAAAAACUCAAGGAACAACAAAGAUGUUUUAAUAUCGAAAAGCAACGCUUGAGCAGAAGACGACAAAAUGAAAUAAUGGCCAAAAUCCAAGCGGCUAUCAUACAGAUUCCAAAACCGACAUCAAAUCGCACUCUGAAAGCAAUUGAGGCCCAAAAGAUGAUGAAAAAGAAAAGAGAGGCUGAGGAUGUGGCCAAUGAGAUUAUGGAGUUUGAAGCAUUACUAAAAAAGGAUCUCCAAGCAAAAGAAAGUACACCCAAGGCUUCUUUAGAUACAGCAGCCCAGACAACUGCCGAUUUGUUGAGCACUUACUCGGACGACGACUACAUUAAAAAAAUCCAAAAGCGCCUCAAAGAAGACGCGUUUGCACGAGAGCAAAGGGAGAAAAGACGCCGGAGGCUGCUAAUGGACCAGCUGAUAGCCCACGAAGCACAGGAGGAGGCCUACCGGGAGGAGCAGCUGAUCAACCGGCUCAUGCGGCAGUCCCAGCAGGAGCGCCGGAUCGCCGUGCAGCUCAUGCACGUUCGCCACGAAAAGGAAGUUUUAUGGCAAAACAGAAUCUUCCGGGAAAAACAAUAUGAGGAGAGACGCCUUAAAGAUUUCCAGGACGCUCUCGAUCGAGAAGGGGCUUUGGCAAGACAAGCCAAGCUCGAGUUUGAGGAACAAGCCAUCAGAGAGCGGGAAGUUCACGAGCACAUCGCUGUGGAGAGAGCACAAGCGCUCUACCAGAAGCACUACUUAGCAUGCGCAGAGAUUCUGGAUCAGAUACUCGACUUGUCCACCAAAGUGGCAGAAUACCGGCUUUUGACAAAUAAUCUGAUUCCACAUAAAAUUAUGCAUGAUUGGAAGGAACUGUUUUUUCAUGGAAAGCCCAUUUAUGAGCAAGCCUCUAUUAAGGAUCUGCCAGCUAAGCCUUCUGCAGAGCAACUUAUAGAAAUGGAGAAAAGGGACUUGCUAGAUAACAAUGAUUAUGAAGAAUAUAAGAACAUGGUUGGAGAGUGGGCCUUACCAGAAGAAAUGAUUGAGAGUUUACCACCCUCCAACAAUUGCAUAUUGGGCCAUGUGGUUCACAGACUAACUGAAAAAUCUCUUCCCCCUCAAGUUGAAUCAACAGAAUCUGAAGUGCCUUCAUGUGCUAUUAAAGGGUGCAUAUUAGGGAAGACAUUUAGCGGAAAAACAACUGCUGUAAAUGCUCUAGAAAAAGACUUUCCUGUCCAGGUACUUUCUAUCGACACUCUUCUCCGAGAAGCUAUCAAAGCAUGUCAUGACAAUGAAACCGUCAGUGAGGCCCUUCUAAUUCAGCACGAAGCCGAAGAAAAGGCUCCGUCAGAGCUGCAUAGUAGCGAAAGCCAGGAUCUUCAAAGUAAAUUUUCACUUGAUCUACUUUCAGAGGAAGCCUUUCCAGAAACAGAAGAUAAAACUACACUUAGUUCUGAUACCAAUAAAACACCAAAAGCUGAAGAAAUCAAGUUAAGUGACAGUGUCUCUAAACUCACUGUGCGUGCUCAGCUUGGUGCAAAAUCCGAAAAAUUGCUGAAGAAAGGAAAGAGCGUUUCUGACACGUUGCUAGUUAACAUCAUGGUAAAUGCUAUUAAUCAGAUACCUGUGGAUCAAGGCUGGGUCCUCGAUGGUUUUCCAAUGACACUGAACCAAGCAGAGCUUCUGGAGCAAGCUCUCACAGGCUGCACCAGAAACCUCAUGGAACUGGAGGAAAAGAAAGCACGAAUAUUCACACUGGCUGUUGAUCCUAUAACUGCCAAAGAUGUGCCUCUUUCCCCAGCUGUAUUUGAUUUUGUCAUGUUAUUAGAUAUUUCAGAUAAUUCCUCACUGGGUCGCAUGAAUGACAUAAUGGCUAAAGCAUUUUCAACGGAGACUUGUCAUGAAGAUGUCAAUCAACGUGUAGCUGCUAGAAAACCAGAUACGGAUGGUGACCAGAAUUUAAGAGACCAAAUACAGCAUCGAAUUAUAGGUUUCUUGGAAAACUGGCCUUUAUUGGAGCAAUGGUUUACAGAACCAGAAAAUAUUCUGAUAAAAAUUAAUGCUGAAGUAGAUAAAGAGUCUUUAUGCCAGAAAGUGAAAGAAAUGUUUACGAGUGAAGUGGUUAAAAAAGAGAAUAAAGUUAAACAGAAACUAGAAGAAAAGGAAGCUGCGAAAAAGGAAGCUGCUUCCCUGGCUGAAUCUCCACCUUUGCCGCCGCCUCCCCCGCCUCCUGAACCAGAAAAAGAGAAGGAAGCGCACCCUCAGCAUGAGCGCCCCAAAGCUUCUGCGAAAGGAAAGCCCGCACCAGAAGCCCCGCGUGGUAAGCAAGACUCUCCUCCGGAAGGAAAGGGGAAGAAAGGUGAUACUGCACUCAAAAGAAAAGGUUCUGUUAAAGGAAAACUGUCUGGAGGAAAAGCAUCAGGAAGGAAAUCACCUGCUGAAUCCACAGUUCUGUCACCUACCCCAAUAGGGCCACCACCACCUAAGCCAGGAUCAGAAGAAUGGGUCUAUGUGAAUGAACCAAUUCCUGAGGACAUGCCUUCCUUUUUAGCACCUUACUGGGAACUGAUAGAACGUUCCUAUGCAAACUCCAUUAAGUUAGUCCUGAGGAACCUGCGGGAAGAUCAGCAUAUUGUGCUUGCUUUCUUGUAUGAGAUUCGAACGAGUUUCCAGCAGUUUCUAAGGCGUCCAGAUCAGAAGCAAGAUUUUGUAUCUCAAUGGCAGGCUGAUUUCAACUCUCUUCCUGAGGACUUGUGGGAUGAUGAGGAAACCAAGGCGGAAUUACACGAAAGAGUAAAUGAUUUACGAGACCGCCUGUGGGACAUCUGUGAUGCCCGGAAGGAGGAGGCAGAGCAGGAGCGGCUGGACAUCAUCAGCAACAGCUGGUUGCAGGACUCGACUGGAAUACUGAUUAACAAUUUCUUCUCACUGAUGCAGGCAGAACUGAACCGUUUUCAAGAUACAAGGAGACUCCUUCAAGAUUAUUACAAGGGAAUGGAAGGCAAAAUCCCAUUAGAAGAAAAUAAGAAAUUUACUCGCCUCCCAUUGGUCCAACUGGAUACUAAAGAGAUUUUGGAAAGCCAAUUUAGAAUUCCUCUGGUUUCUCGGAUAUCCAUUUCUACGGAUUUAGCUGUCUCCAAACCAAAAUCAAAAGCCAUCCUGAAGGGCAAGACUGAUUACUCCCUGGAGAAAGUGGAGCUAAACUUUGAGACCGAUGAGAAGUUGAUAAUGGACACCUGGCAGCAGGCUUCCUCAGCCGUAUCUCACAUGGUGGCUGCUGAAGUUCAUCAGAGGCUCCUGGAAGAGGAAAAAGAAAACCAGCCAGCAGAAACCAAAGAAAAGUCUCCUCAGAUGAACGUUAACAAAAAAAACAAAAAGGAACCGCCCAAGAAAAAACUUCCAGACAAAAAGGAGAAAGGUAAAUCACCACCUACAGCAGAGGCCACUCCUAUAACACUAUCCCCGGAGGAUAUGAUGGAAAUGGAAAAGAAGAAUGAACUGAGACUCAAAAUAAAGGAGGAACAUAUUGCUGCCCUGCAAUUUGAAGAGAUAGCCACCCAGUUCCGACUUGAGCUGAUAAAGAUCAAAGCGUUGGCUUUCCUUGAAGAUCUAGUAACAAAGGUGGUUGAGGUAUAUAAGCUCCUGGAAAAGUGGCUUGGAGAGAGGUACUUGCGUGAAAUGGCCAGUGUGGAGAAACUAACUGAGAUAGCUCGCUAUCACAUUGAAACGUCUACAAAAAUUCAGAAUGAACUUUAUUUAGACCAGGACGGCUUCUUCAUUAACGGCGACAUCAAAGUCUUCCCCGACCCCCCUCCUCCGGUUCGCCCUCCGCCCGUGGAGAGGGAAGAGAAUGGCACCCUGACCAUCGAGCAGCUGGACACUCUGCGAGACCAGUUCUCAGACAUCGCACCCAAGGGCAUCAUAGGAAAUAAACUGUUUGCGGACAUUCUUCUUGACUUGGUGACGCUGAACCUUGGGACCAACAGCCUUCCCAGCAGUUGGAUGCACCUCACUCAACCUGAAUUUCAGGAGUUAACGUCGUUAAUAACAGUAAACUCGGAGUUGGUGGACUGGCGGAAAUUCCUGUUGGUGACCUCGCUGCCGUGGCCCAUCCCUCUGGAGGAGGAGCUGCUGGAGACCCUGCAGAGGUUCAAGGCCGUGGACGCGGAGCAGUCGGGCACCGUCACUUACGAGCAGUACAUGCAGGCUGGUCUGUGGUUUACAGAGGAUGAAGAUAUAAAAAUUCCAGAAAAUCCUCUUGAGCCGCUGCCAUUCAAUAGGCUGGAGCAUCUCAUACAGUUCUUCUUCAGGCUCUUCGCCGACCCUGAGAAGGAUCCACCCCUGCUGGACUACACACAGAUGCUGCUUUACUUUGCUAGCCACCCAAACCCUGAGGAAGGGGUCUACAGGGCCCUCAGUGUGGCCAUUGGGACGCACAUCUUCCAGCCAAUCGAAUUGGUUCCUCUUCCUAUAGAUCAGACCUACUUCUUUACUGACGAGAGUCCACUUCAGGACUAUUCUGAACCAGAGGAGAACUUCUUAAAUGCGUUAAGGGAAUUCAGAGAGGAAAGGGAGGAAAAGGAACAGGAAAUCCCUGAAAACCCCAACACGGAAAAGAUUUCUUUGGAAACACUGCUCAACGUGUUCGGAGCACAGAACAAAGCCCAGGACGCCAACAGAUUUGCCUACCACCUGAGGGCAGAGAACGCCUACUUAGAGAACUUCAUGAAAGUAUUUGAGGACCUGGGUGCCAAGAAUCUGGAGCCGAUCGAAGUCGCGGUUCUUUUGAAGCAUCCUUUUAUUCAAGACCUGAUUUCAAGCUAUCCAGGCUAUAAGAUCCCUGAUAUUAAAUUGAUUCUGCAAAGGAGCGAGCACGUACAAGGCAGUGAUGAAGAGAGAUCUCCCUCAAGGCUGACAGAGGACAGGAAAUGAAAACAAGAGUGUGAUGGUUACAAUUGGGCAAUGAAUCCCUCCACAUCCAAGGCAAACACGGUGUUUGUCACGUAUGUUUUUGUUGUAAGUGUAGAAAUGACCCCUACCAGGUUAUGUGGGGGGCUUCUUUAACUCAGAGAAUAUUCGGCAAUAAAUCUUACA